CUGCGGCAUGGAGAAAGGGGCGCAGGAGGAAGCCCCAAGAGAGCAGCACCGGCUUCUGCAUUCCACGGCUUGGCAGAGCACUGCCUGCAUGGACCAUCUUCUCCUGCACCCUUUGCCAGGACAGGGGGGCAGGGACCCGCACCUUCUGCUGUUCCCUCCCAAACAGGCUCCCCAGCACCAUCUCCUGCACCCCCUCUCUCCCAAACAAAGUGUUUUGCACAAGGAACAGAAACUUCCACAGCCUGGGGAAGGGGGGACCUUUAAAGAGCAACAACAUGUUUUGGAAGAGCAGAUUUGUCUUGGCAGGCAGCUUUCCCAGCCUGUCCUUGGGACGGAAACUGGACCCUGUGAAAAGCAGGAAGAGGAGGAAGAAAAUGGGCACCAGAAAGGGUUACAAGUGAAAGCGGAGGAGCGUGAGCCAGAGAACCCAUUACUCUUUAUGGGAAGUAGCAACAAGAAAAAAAGACGAGAGCCUAAAACACUUACAAACCGUCUCAGCGGCAAAGAUGAAAGUAGUAGCAGUGUGAAAAGUGUAGGGGAAGUCAAAUUGGGGAAAGUUGAAGAGACGGAGGAGAUCAAGAAGGAGGCAAAGUUGAAAGAAAACUGUGAUGCCAAAGUCUUGGGAUCUGCAAAAGAAGGGACCAUCAAAACUGAACUGGUAGAGCCUCCUGAGGAGGAUUGCAAAGGGAGGGAAGAAGUGGCAUCCAAGCCUCCACCAUCUUCCAGUGGUCCUGGUCACAUUAGCCAGGAUGUUAGUUUGUCUCAACCUAUCGGAACACAGCAUUCUCAAGAACUGAAGAUUCCUGUUACACUCCAUCCAGUCCCUCCAGGGGCUAGGAUCCAGUUUCAGGGACCACCUCCAUCUGAGCUUAUAAGAGUGACUAAAGUGCCAGUGACACAAGUGCCCCUUAAAAUGCAGUCCUUGCUGGAGCCUUCAGUCAAAAUUGAAACUAAAGAUGUCCCUCUCACAGUACUACCCUCAGAUGCAGGGAUACCAGACACUCCGUUCAGCAAAGAUAGAGAUGGCCAUGUCAAGCGUCCUAUGAAUGCAUUUAUGGUAUGGGCAAGAAUUCAUCGGCCAGCCUUAGCCAAAGCUAACCCUGCUGCUAAUAAUGCCGAGAUCAGUGUCCAGCUUGGAUUGGAAUGGAACAAGCUCACUGAAGAACAAAAGAAACCUUAUUAUGAUGAAGCUCAGAAGAUAAAAGAAAAACACAGAGAAGAAUUUCCUGCUGGCGUACUCUUUAACAUUUCUGCAGGUUGGGUUUACCAGCCAAGGCCUGGCAAAAGGAAGAGGUUUCCAUUGACUGUCUCCACUGUAUUCUCGGGUACAACUCAGAACAUCAUAGCUACAAGUCCAAUGACGGCCUCUACUGUCUUUACUGGGACUUCUCAGAGUAUUAUUACUACAAAUCCAACUACCAUUUAUCCUUUCCGAUCACCUACCUACUCUGUGGUUAUACCCAACGUACAGAACAGCAUUGGACAUCCAGUCUGUGAAGCCGCUUCUACUAUCCAGCUACCAGCUCCUUCUGCUCAGCAUCCAGGCCCUAUUACCCUGUUCCAGCCAAGUGUAGGAAACACAACACCAUUAGCUGCCUCAACUGCAAACCUGCCAAUUCGGCCAGUCCUUCAGCCUCAACGAUUUGCUGCACCUUCCCCAACAGAAGCUCAUCGUGUAUCUUCAGGAACAAAUUGCUCUAUAAAGAGAUCCAACCAGAUUUCUAUUGAAAGCUCAAGCAGGACCCCAAAUAAUACAAGCACUACUCACCCUAGAUACAGUGUCUCAAAUAGCCAACCCCCCAAGGAAUACUCAGGUGUUUCUUCAUGUUCUAGAAAUGGACCCAUUCCUCAAGCACCACCUAUCCCUCAUCCACACGUUUAUCAGCCUCCUCCCAUUGGUCAUCCAGCAACUCUCUUUGGAGCUCCUCCUCGAUUUUCAUUUCACCAUCCUUACUUUUUACCAGGACCUCAUUAUUUCCCAUCAAGCACAUGUCCAUAUAGCCGGCCUCCUUUUGGCUAUGGGAAUUUUCCCAGCUCCAUGCCUGAAUGCCUUGGCUUUUAUGAAGACCAGUAUCAAAAGCACGAGGCCAUGUUUUCUGCCCUGAACAGAGACUACCCUUUCAGAGAAUAUUCUGAUGAACACACACAUAGCGAAGACUCCCACAGCUGUGAGAGCUUGGAAGGGACAUCCUAUUACAGCAGCCACAGUCAGACUGAAGAGGAGUAUUUAAACCCUAUGCCACAGUUGGACAUUGGGGCCCUUGAAAAUGUUUUUACAGCCACCCCUUCCACCCCUUCUAGUGUACAGCAAGUCAACGUGACUGAUAGUGAUGAUGAGGACGAAGGAAAGGUGUUGAGAGAUUUGUAAUUUUUCAGAUCAAAUCUAGCAUACUUUUUAAAACAUGAAAUAAAACAUGUUCCUCAUAUAACACUAUUUUAGUCAGUGUUAUCUAGAAGGCAUAGUAAAUCUAGAUUGUUCCAAAGUUUUUAUGACACAUGGGAGACUUCCUGAACCAAUGUAUCAUCACAGGUACUGUAUCUUUUUAUAUUAAUUUUGCAUAGUCUGCUGAUCAAGGCAGCUCUUAAGAUGGUGAAAGACUUUUUCAUUUAGUUACCUCGUGCCUUUUAGCUGAAUGUUAUGGGUAAUGUUUCCAGAAACCAUGUGAAUAGUGUACCUUAUUGAUUCUACUUUCAGCUAAAUUUGAUUUGUCAACAUUUUCCAUUUGAAAAAGUGCACUGAAGAAGUUUGAUAAUUAAUGAAAUCAGGGCAUUGCCCUAUAUAUCUUGCGUCAUGCAAUGCUAGAAGCAACAUAAUUGUGUGCAACUUACCACAUUUUUAAAAAUCUGUUGAGCAAAUACAGACCUUAAUUUAAAUAGAAUCAUAUAUUUAUGAUGGGAAACUUCAUUUUCCUAUUUCAGUCUCUGUUCCUUGGUGACAUGGUGAGAUUUUAAAUUUUAUCAAGAUAAAAAAUGUAUUUAUUUCUCUGUUGUGCCCAUGGUGUGCACACACUUUGUUAUACAUAAGUCAGAGUUGUCAGAUUUUAAAAAUCUGGCCUGUGUUAAAAAUAGUUAUUUUUAAAAAAGCAACUACAGUUGUUCCAGAAUCUAAUCUAUAUUUAUGCUGAAAUUGCUAUGUAAUUAUCUGGUCUGCAGCCCCUCUUAUGGUUUAACUUAUUCCUCUGCAAGAACAAUUCAUUUUUAACAUCCAUAUAAAUAGAACAGUUAUAUAAUUCUAAGAAUAAGUAAGAAUCAAUCUAGCUGUCAGUUGUAUACAAGCAGGUUAUGAUUCUACCAGAAUAUAAGUAACAAUAAUAUUGCAAAUAAUAAAUUUUAAAAUGUAGUGCUUCAAAAGUAGUUGUAAAGAAGAUGAGACAUUACUAAGCUAUUUGUUCAUGUUACAAACCAAUUUUAUAGCUACACUUUUCUUUCUGUUUUGGGGAAAGGGGCUGAUAGUAUAGAUGUUCCAUUUUUGUUAUGUUAAAAUAAAAUCACAUGAACUGUAUGUUGUUACCUCUCUAUAUUGUGACAAACAAUGAAUUAUGACCUUUACUUGUAUGUAUAUGAUAAGGUCAAAUGUGGUUAUCAAUUUUAAUAUUGCUUGGAGGGAUUUGUUUUAAGGAUAAUCAUACAAAGGGUAUGCUCUAACUAUUGUAAGUUGAUUGAAAAUGUUAAUCCUUUUCAUGACAUUUCAUUUAAAUUGUGAAUUAGCUUA